AUGCGUCUAUUCCAAUUGCAGCUGCCCAUACGGGCGGUCACCGCAAGUCUCCUCCGACCGACCCUGUCGCUCUCAGUCGACGCGGCCCCCCGAAUUCACAUCGAUGCCACCAAUGCCCUCGUGGCCGGCCGACGAUACGCCUCCGUCAAGGCGCAGGGUCAAUACAAGCUGAAGCCGCGAAAGACGAUCCCGAAGAAGCUGGGAGCGAAGCGUACAGGCGACCAAUAUGUCAUCCCCGGCAACAUCCUCUACAAGCAGCGCGGCACAAUCUGGUGGCCAGGCGAGAACUGCAUCAUGGGCCGCGACCACACGAUCCACGCCAUGGCGACGGGCUACGUCAAGUACUACCGCGAUCCCGCGCGCCACCCCGACAGGAAAUACAUUGGUGUCGUCUACAACAAGGACGACACGCUCCCGUACCCGCAGAACGCCGAGCGCAAGCGUCGUCUUAACAUGACGGCUCACACCAUUGUGCCGCGCGCCAUCGAGCCUGAGAUUUCCGCCUCGGGCAUCCCCACGCAGGUUGUGAGGCCCGGCGCGGCGGGCCCCGACGGCAAGCCCCGUGGCCCCGCGAGAAUGCUGCGCCUGCGCGACGACUACAGCUACCGGGAGGACAACUGGCGGGUUGGUCGGCUGGUGAAGCUGGCGGGUGUGACGAAGAGGGGAGGCGGUCGCGGUGGGCGCAGCAGCCGCAAGGCGAGGUUCCGCUCGAGGCGAUGGGUCAAGGAGAGGAUGGCGCUGGGCAGGCGGAAGAGGGCCGAAGCCAUGGAGGGCAUGGAGGAGGAUGAAUGGACCAUGAUGGCUCAGCAGAGGGCGAUCGAGGAGAAGAAAAAGAAGGCCAAGGGCCAGCAGGACGCCAAGAGGGCCAAGGCUGAGAAGGCUGCCAAACUCAGGGCUGCGGGCAUGCGCAAGUCGGCCGCCAAGAAGAACUAG